AAAUUCACUUUAAAUAUUCACAAACAUAAUUCACUAUGGCUCCGUUCGGCUUGUUAACAGGAAGUGUUAGCCUUCUGGCGAGGUCCUUCAGUCUCCUGUCCUGCACUGGAUCAUUGGCAAGGCGUACCAGUCUCCUCCCUGUUGCCUCCGUGGGGAUAGUGAGAUGUUUCCAGUCUCAGGCUGACGGCCCACCAAAAAGACCUGCAAAUGGAUUUGUACGAUACCACGUUGAACAGGCUCCGGUUGUAGCAAGUCGAAACCCAGAAAUCACAGUAAACCAAAGAAUGAGUAUGAUUGCCCAACAAUGGAGAGAGAUGAGCGCUGAAGAGAAGAAGCCAUUUAUGGAGGCCUACCUACGGGACAUGGAACAGUUCAAGGUAGAUCUGAAGAACUACCAGGCUCAGCUGACUCCACAACAGAUCCAGCAACAUGCUCUAGAGAAAAAGCAGAAACAGGACAAAAGGAAGGCCAGACGCAAGAGGAAGGAGUUGAGUGACCUCGGGAAACCCAAAGGUCCUCGCAAUGCUAUCAACAUCUACAUAAUAGACCAUUAUGUAAGAACAGAAGGAAACACUGCAUUGGAAAAAAUGAAGAAGCUCUUUGAAGGUUGGAAAAGUCUUUCAAGUGAGGAGAAACAGGUCUACGUUCAACUGGCUGAGGAUGACAAAGUCCGCCAUAGGAAUGAAAUGAGGCUGUGGGAGACCCACAUGCUUGAAAUAGGGAGAGAGGACGUGAUCCGAGGGAAAACACUCUCCACAUUUUUAAAAACUGUGGCCAAAAAAAAAGUCAAGCUACUGAAGGCUGAAUCUAAGAAGAGAAAGAUAAGAAGCUUGCCUCCUUCCAUAAUGACAUAAGCUGUGUUUACCUACUGAGUUUAAAAGGGAAAAAGGGUUGUUGAUGACAGAAGCUGGGCCGAUCCAGGGGCUGUACCCUGAUUCAACAGGACACUUCAACAGAAGGAACAUUUUAAAUCAUUUGCAAAUUAAAAAGAAAAAGUACAUAUAAAUAAAAGUAAAGUACUAAAGUGGAUUUGGAUUU